GCCGUGCUGAGCUGGAAAAUGGCUGUGUAGGGGAGCAGGGAGUCAUGAACGGGAAAAGAAAGAAGGAGCGAGCGAGAGAAAGAAAUAAAGAAGGCAAAGCUAUAAGUGAACAGAAGGUUUGCUAGAAAUGUAUUGCACACCAAGAAGCUAUUGUCCGCAGAUAAAGACACCACACGGAUUCUUGUCUGCUACUUUCAAGUGUUUAAAGCGCAGCAGCCAAAAGUGAGAAGAGUCGAGAAAUAUCCGCGGGUCGGUCACAGUCCUCGUCCAGAACAUGUGGUAGCCUGAGAGAACCGAAGAGGAUUAAAGACCUUCCCGCUCUUCCGCCAAUCAGACAACUUGAUUUGACCGCGGAAAGUCAAUGACGCAGGGCCCUCGACUGGCAAAAUCUUUUACCGGGCUGCUCCAAUAGCCACAGCCAGCAGGUUUUCGCUGCUUGAAAGAGCAUGUUGCCAACGCUCUCCCUCUGCUCCAUCAUCUGGCUCAACCGGGGUAUCAAGCUGAGGAAAGUGCACCAGUUCACCAACACCGGCCAGGUCUGAAACCGCUGCCUCUGCAGACAUAGCAGUAGCAGAACACUAUCUUAUCGACUUUUGAAAAUGCUUCUAAGCUUUGGGUGACUCCCUCUCCUCCCCUCAUCCCCACCGACUCCCUAAGCCACCGUACCAACACCAACACCAGAGUUUAGUGACUCGACAGCCUUUUUGGUUUCUGAGGAGGAUUUCUGUAUAGGCGAACCUCUGUUGUUGCAGUGGGACUCGGGCUGCACCAUCUAAUCCUCUAUUCAGCGGCCAUUUUGAUUUUUGCCUCCCUGACAAAAUGGCGAUGGAAGGUUUUCAGUACCUUGCGCUCUACGCAUUUACCAAGGACCAGGAAGAGGACCUGGAUCUGCAGCCUGGGGACCUUCUGACAGUCAGCAAGGCCUCUCUGCUGUCCAUGGAGAACUACCAGGAGGGCUGCGUGGAGCAGCCUGAGCGCCUGGGCUGGCUCCUCGGCUACAACGAGCGCACCAAACAGAGAGGCGACUUCCCAGGGACGUUUGUCGAGUAUGUGGGCCCCGUGAAGAUGGCGCUCUCAUCGAGUCAACCCAGGUCCCAGCGACCCCUCCCUGCUGCUCCAAGACCCGAGUCGUCUCAAGCUAAGUCUGUUUCUGUGCCGGACCUGAGCGAGCAGUUCACACCACCAGAGACGGCUCCUCCAGCCCUUGUCAGCCUGAUCCAAGCCAUAGAGAAAAGAGGUUUGGACUGCAAGAUAUUGUAUAGGCCAACUGUUUCCUCAGGUUCAGACAGCCCAGUGUACAGCCUGAGCUCUGAAGGUGAGACGUGUCAGAAAGAUGUGGGGUACCUGUCGGAGUGUGUCCUGAACUACCUGAGAGACCUCCCGUCCCCCAUCAUCCCUGCCUGUAUCUACGCUCACCUUCAAACUGCUCUCACGCUGCAGCAGCAGGUCCUACAGCAGUCAGCAGAUGGUGCAGCUGCUGGAAGCCAUGACAGAGAGGUAAGCCUGGUCCUGGAGAACUCCACCUCCGUCCCUCUCCAUCACCGUCUCACCCUGCAGUACCUCCUCACACACCUGGCCAAAGUCACCCAGGCGCAGGCCAGCCAUGGCCUGGACACACACACACUGGGAAAGAUCUUUGGACCGCUGUUGAUACGGACAGGCCACUCCACCCCUUGGUUGUCAGUGGAUGAGGAGUUCCCUGCCCUUGUGGUGGAGAGGCUGCUGAUAGAGAGAACCACAGAGCAGGACCUCACUCCUCCAGUCCUUCCAGCAAAGCCAGUCAAGUCGAAAAUGGCACCAUCAGCCAUGACAGACACAAGCAGCCUGCUGAAUGAUGCUGAGUGGUACUGGGGAGAAAUCUCCAGAGAGGAGGUGAAUGAGAAGCUGCGAGACACUCCAGAUGGCACCUUCCUGGUCCGAAAUGCCUCUAGUAAACUGGAGGGCGAGUACACUCUCACUCUCAGGAAAGGGGGGAACAACAAGCUUAUAAAGGUUUACCACCGAGACGGGAGGUAUGGCUUCUCUGAGCCUCUUACCUUCCUGUCUGUAGUGGAGCUCAUCAAUCACUACCGCCAUGAGUCCCUGGCCCAAUACAACGCCAAACUGGACACCAGGCUUCUGUACCCUGUCUCUAAAUACCAACAGUUAGUGAAGGAGAACAGUAUAGAGGAGGUGGGAGAGCAGCUGAAGGUCUAUCACGAGCAGUACCAGGAGAAGAGCCGCGAGUACGACUCUCUGUACGAGGAAUACACACGCACCUCACAGGAGCUGCAGAUGAAACGCACAGCCAUCGAGGCCUUCAAUGAGACCAUCAAGAUCUUCGAGGAGCAGUGUGAGACUCAGGAGCGCUACAGCAGGGAGUCUUUGGAGCGAUUCCAACGCGAGGGCAACGAAAAAGAGAUUCAAAAGAUCCAGAGCAACUCGGAGCGUUUGAAGUCUCGUGUGAAGGAGAUCCACGACAGCAAGCGUAAGUUAGAGACGGACCUGAGACAGCAGGUCUCCGAUAACAGAGAGAUCGACAAGAAGAUGAACAGCCUCAAGCCGGAUCUCAUGCAGCUCCGCAAGAUCAGAGACCAGUACCUAAUAUGGCUGACACAGAAGGGGACAAGGCAGAAGAAGAUUAAUGAAUGGUUGGGCAUAAAGAAUGAUGCUGAUGAUUCCUACUCACUGGAGGAGGAUGAGGGUUCACCCCACCAUGACGAGUGUACCUGGUAUGUGGGUGACAUCAAACGCACCCAGGCUGAGGAAAUGCUGAGAGGCAAAUGUGACGGGACCUUCCUCAUCCGCGAGAGCCAAUCACAGAAGGGAUCCUACGCUUGUUCUGUAGUUGUGGAGGGGGACACCAAGCACUGCGUCAUCUACAAGACGGCCACAGGUUAUGGGUUCGCUGAGCCCUACAAUCUGUACUCGUCCCUCAAAGACCUGGUGCUCCACUACAAAAACGUCUCCUUGGUCCAACACAAUGACCAGCUAAAUGUAAAUCUGGCCUACCCAGUCCUGGCCCGUUCUCAGAACCAGAACCAGCACCCCAGAUGAAUUAUCCACCAUCAGUGUACACGCCAACCAGGGUGGCGAAACUGAAUUUUCACUCAUAUGCAUUGGGAAAAAAAAAUUAUCCUUUGAACAAUGCUUGUUCUUGUUUAAGUGGCGAAGAGAAAUAGACUCAACGGCCCUGAUUUUAAAUUACAUACAUGUUGGUGCUAAUUUCCUGCACCAACCCCUGUCCAGCAAAGAACACUCCUUGCUUCCAGCAUGGCUUCAAAGUAAACACACUACUACCGGUACUGAAGCACUGUACAGCUAGCCUGGCUAACGCGUUGAGUUUUAACUUGAGGAGAGUGUUGCAUUAGCCAGCCCUGACUGUACAGUGUCAGUUAUGAAAAAAAAAAACUGUGAGAAAUUCACAAGAAAAUUAAAGCACACAAAAUGUGGUUUUGAAGAUCGUGGAGAAGAGGAAAGAAACCAGAUGGAGGGAUGAUGGGAAGAUUUACAGGAGGCACUUUUGUUUUUUGCCUGAACACGUGAUAACUGUCCGUAGACAAAGGCCCGAUCUGUCAUCCCCAGACUGCCUGCAAACCCUCGGUAGACAAAAGCCUGAGCUGUCAUCCACUGAAAGGACUGGCUUGGCUGAACCAGGCUGCUCGCUUCACACCUAAAGGCGGCUGAAAAACCAGGGUGUAGUCACUGAAGCCGAGAGGGCUUCAGUGACUACACCCUGAGGGUGUGGGAGGGAAAGAAAUAGCUGGGGUUAAUGUUUUUAUGGGUUUUUGAAAAGAUUGAUUCAAUUUAAAGCUUGCUUAAGUGCCAUAGUAAUAGCUUUGAAUGACCACAAGCCUGUGUCACUAGAGGGGGGACACGUUGAGGUUGAAAGAAGGAAGGAGAGAAUGAAUGGCUGUCGACAUAGACAAAGCUUUAAAAAAAAUAAUACACACAUAUAGGUAUAUUUUUUAUGAAAUGAUCUUUAUUUCCAACUGCUUUGGCUUGUUGCUCUCUCACUCUCUCUCUCUCGCUCUCAGUGGGCCUCCUUUUGAAUUGACGAGGUACAACAUACAGUAAAUACUGUACUGCAGGAUAAAAAUGCAUGGUACAUAUUUGGUAUAUUGUGAAUAUGGAAUUUUAAUCACAAUACACUAGAUGGAGAGGUACAUUAAUAAAUGCAGUUCCACGUGAUUCAGGUUUCCUUUUAAAUGGAAAUUGUGGAAAGACUCCAAGCAUCAAACGUCUCUCUGUUUCAAACAUCUUCCUUCUUUUUUUCACCCUAUUUGAUACUGUAGCAUCUGUAGCCAUUGACUUAGG